AUGGGUUUACUGAGACUUCAAGACACUUACCGUCUGGACACAAAAGACCUCGCAGACGGUCGCAUUUUCAAGGUGCAAGGCAACUUUUCAUUCAACGCCGGAGAUUGCUUCGAGAUUGGCAAAGCAGCCUAUAAUGAUGGUGAUUUCUACCAUACAUUAAUGUGGAUGGAAGAGGCAAAGAGGCGACUCGCUCAAGAGCCGGUACCAACUGCAAACCUUGGACAGAUUCUCGAAUAUCUCGCCUACUCGCUGUUCAAACAAGGAAACCCAAAGCAUGCAUUGCAACUUUCCGAAGAGCUCGACAGGCUCGAGCCCAACCAUCCUCGUGCCAAGGGAAAUAUCAAAUUCUAUGAAGAUUACUUGGCUAAGGAAGGUGUAAAGAGUUAUGAUAUGAGAAGAUCAUUGGGUCGAGUGGUAAACGAACGACCACAAAGUGUAUUGGGUAAUGAAGAGCGAACCAUCUACGAGGCCCUGUGUAGGAACGAAGUGCCUGUGAGCGAAAAAGACAUUUCAAAGCUCUACUGCUACUACAAACGUGACAGGCCCUACUUGGUAUAUGCACCGAUUAAAGUGAGUUUUUGUUGA